GAGGCAGAGACAGACGAGAGAAGGGUGUUUAUUACGUACGUCGAGAUCGAGUCCGACAUAGGAUUCACGUGAAAAAUCUCAAAGAGAGCGGAAAUUGGAGUUAGUUGUCAUCUGUACUUUAACUGUAUAAGUAAACACUAGCGAAGCCAUGAUGACGAUAAGUUUCACCGCUGAGUAAUUCUCGGAUAGAUCGCGAGCUUGUGGACGCUAUGCCAGUGUCAAGGAUGAUCUGUCGGAACCGGAAGAGUUGUCAAAUAUAUGAUGUGCUGCGUGUAGAAGGAGAGUUGAUUUGAACGUAUGAUGUAGUUGCCGGUUCUCCCGAGAGUCAUCGAACUCUAUUUGUCUUAGGAAUGAAGCUCGUCGACAAGAACAAAAAAUGGUCGUCUGGACUGCUAGCAGCCCCCGAUUGCGAUAAGAGCACGGGCGACAGCGAUAAUGUAUCAACGGCGUCGACGAAGAGUCCACGCACGAUGCAAGAGAGCCGAAGAAAAUUCUCGAUGAGAAGGCGUCGUUCGAACGCGAUGUUGACCGAGGGAGGAACCGAUAGACGAGCUGCCGGCCGUCACCUUCGCAGUAAGCGAAGUGGAUGCGAGCCAAAACAAAGGAGGAGCAGAAGAAUGAAGCAGGACCUACAUCAAGUAGAAGAAAAUGAUGCUGUCGGAGACGAAGAUUACGAACACGACAGUUCUGCGUUUGAUUUCUCAGAUGGAGAAAGCACUGGAGACGCAAAUGUAAGUGAGAACAAUAGGUCGACAGCGAGGAGGACCCAAGAGCACGAACAGGCGAGGCGGAAAACAAGAUUUCACGCUUGGUCCAGUGCUAUGAAGAAAAGAAUUCCUAAGAAGAUAACAAUAGUACUGCGCUGCUUCGCCUUGACAGCGCUCGUCGGAGUAGCGCACGCGGUUUUCUUACAGGAGUAUGAAACCUACUUCCGACCAGUGCUGCGCCGAGAUCUGAGCGAUGCGCACGCCACAGUGCCGGUUGCGCAAUUCUAUGGCACUGUCAUGGUAGGCACGCCGCCACAGCCGUUCGACGUCGUCUUCGACACAGGGAGCGGAAAUCUCGUAUCUAUGGUUUCAGUUUGUGAAGAAGUAAUGCCACCACGAGUAACAACAGUUAGUGUUACAUCUUCUAUAUGUUCCCGCACUCAUUUGGUAUUUGUGUUUCGGAAUAUCGACGGACUAUGAUUCGUGUUUCAUUGUCUAGCCGAUUUACUCUUUAUCAGUAUCUGGAGGAAGUAUUUGUAAAUGAUUCGAAAGUCCUUGUCUUCGAUGAUCUCCUCCUUAUUCAAUUCCAAGGUAAUUCCAUCUGCGUACUGUGGAGAGGAGGCCUGCGUCUCGCACCACCGCUAUAGUCCUACGAAGUCAAAGAGCGCGAUUCAGUUAAUGGACCUCGAGGGUUCGGACACGCGACAUGCUGUCACCAAGCGGGAGGAGAGCAUGCGAGACACCACGACAAUUACGUAUGGCACCGGCAAAAUCACUGGAGACUAUAUGCAUGAUCGUCUCUGUCUGGAUGCGAGCACGCCAACCAAGUCCCCAACCGCAGAUGAAGACGAAACCGAAAGAGAAGACACAGUACUAGCUGAGAAAAGCGCCGGCGUCGAAGUAAGAGCAACUGCAAGUGGAGCUUCAAGAGGGAGUAAGACCAGCAAGAAAAACCAGAAGAACUGUGCGUCGGUCGCUUUUUUGGGUGUAAAGGAGGAGAGUAAGUUUCCGUUUGAGGAGCUACCAUUCGACGGAAUUCUAGGCCUGGCGCUUCCAGAACUGUCGGCUUCUCCUGGAUUCAACGUUGCGACUGCCUUUGCUCCAGCACACUUUACGUUUCUCCUUGGAUUGCCGAAGCCAGAGGUUUUGGUACUAGAAAUUUAGCCGAAGUCAUAGCAGCUUGUUCUUGUAAAUUACGCUAUAACUGCGAAUGGCACUGGCAGACUACGGGUAGGCCUGCGCCUGUUGAUCUGGCUGUUUUCAAUUUCUUCGUAGCCCUUCCUCUUUUCGUAGGAACCACGCCUACAACAACAACGACGUAGAAAAUCCUUGAGUCGUUUAGGACUGAACUACUCUGUACUAGGUCAACGAGCUUCCUUCAGAGGAGCGACAUAUUUCGAGUGCCCUUGAAUGGGCUCCGACGUUGAACGAUGCUGCCGGGUACUGGGCCAUUGGCAUCAAAAAGCUGCGCUUGGGUUUUCACGGUCUUGAUGGCAAGGAAAUCUCUAGCAAGGAACUGCAGAAUCCGUCUUUAUGCACUUUCCUUUAUAAUUGCUAACACGCAUAGGCAUAUCUGCACUACUGCCUAGCCAUGUCGCACAUUCAGCUCAUAAAUGAACUAGCUGAUAAUUAAUGAAGAAACUCUUUCACGCCUGGGUUCUUUUCAGUUGAUUCAUCCGAAGGCCCCCUGCUCUGACGCGUGCAGUCUUUCGGCGAUACUUUCACGCGUGACGCUUGUCAUCAAAGCAGCGCGUCCCUGUAAGUAUUCUCUUCAGUUCGGGCCCACGUUCUUGCUGCCAAUCGUUGACCGCUUCAAGAAAGUAGGGGGGAAGUGUAUUGCUAUCCAUUCCGUUCUCUGCAGUAUUUCCCUCCUCCCUCUUCUUCACUUUGCUUCUUCCUUAAAGUCAUGCACUUUGCCAGUAUGUCAGAGCCUAGCUGUCUUGUUUUCUAAGUCUAGACCUUAUACUUACACGAGACAACCCGAAGUGACUGAAUAAACUUAACAGCAGCGCAGGGAUGUCGUCACCCCUGCGCUAGCCUGUGAUAAAUGAACUAGCUGAUAAUUAAUGAAGAAACUCUUUCACGCUCUGACUUCACCGGCCGCCCGGCUAGACUCAUGUGCAAAGAUGGUCUAGAGGCAUUUUAGGUCUAAUCGCGGCUACACGUAUUGCGCUCGACACAGGAAGCAGCCUUUCAAUGGGACCGACCACUGAUGUAACUCAACUGUUGCAACUCGUCGGUCCUUGCAAGGCGCAGCAGGGCGGACUCAAAAACCUGCCGACGAUUUACUUCGUGCUCGAUAGUGGGUAAACUUACGAGAUAUUAUCCAUGAAGAUGAAGACUUCUUUUCCAUUUCGAACUAUGGCUAUUUCGGUCUUUGGAUAAGUAAAAGUUAACGUCUUGACGAAUCUUCCCCCGCUUCGUUGUGCAGUUUUUCGUUUCCAUAAAAUUUUUGCCCGUAUUUGAUGGUCUGACCUCAGGCGCGAGCUUGCUCUUCCACCGGAAGCGUAUGCGCAUGAGAACAGUCAAGGAUGUGCUCUGGCACUGCAUAACAUAGACCUGCCACGUGAUUUGAAGCCCAUGUGGAUUCUCGGGCAACAAUUUUUUCGACAUUAUGCUGCGGUUUUUGACAUCCAGAACAGACGCGUAGGUCUCAGCGAGCUCAUGCGUUCUUGCGGCGGAGGCUCCUCAUCGGUCCCCGUGUCCUCGUUGAAAUAUGGAGAGCGAAAUUCGGAAUCCGGCAGCGCGGAAGCGAAUCGCGCGUCUACGCGUGACGGAGCCUCGCCUUCUGUGAAGAGUCGUCCUGCAGCAUCUUCUGCAUCGACUAAGUUCCUCGCACGAGGAGAUGGAAAGGAUGAUAGUGGCGAUGCAGGUAAAGCAAAAGAGCGCUCCACAUCUUCCUCCAGAAGGGAGCCUUCCCGAGAACGAGGUAAACGCCCGCGCAGAGGAGGUGAAAACUCGCAACUAGAACUCAGGUCAGCAAUGCAUAGGACGCUGCAGCGCAGCGGUGCGCCCGAGAGCUGUAUCGAUAAUCCGAUGCUGCGGGGCCGCACGCCCACGGACUGCUCGUCGUUUUCGAGUUUCGGUUUUUGCAAGCGGUCCGUCGGUCUUGCCCACGCUUUCUGCGCACGAACCUGCGGUCUCUGUGAGGGUAAAAAGCGUGCGGCGCAAGCCGUAGCGGAGUUUGAAAUGUAGUAGUCAACUGCAUUUUGCAAGAACAUAUGGGUAACGGUUUUGUAAUCUUCUACUUAUCACUUGUUUUAUAAUGUACAGAGUUGCCUAGAUAGAUUUCCGUCAUAUUUUUGCAAUAAAAAUGCUUCUCAGUUUAUGACCUUCAAUUUCAAUGAAUAUGCAGAUGCGCUUACUUAUGUUUGUUUUGAUGCGAGGUAUUGGUAUAUCUAUUGUCCCCCAUCCAUGAUAACAUCUUUUUUACCUCUUGUUGUAUAUGAUCUUGAUCUCUAAUACGAUUUAAUGAACAGCAUGCAGCGCUUCGUAGUCUUUGUCUUAGUCUCUCUCCCCUUGACUGAAAAACGCCGUUUCAAGAAAAUAGAAAAAUGUUGCUCAAAGAACUUCAGCCACACAGUUUUUUCUCUUCAAGAUGAACUACACUCGUCAAUUUCGUUUGAGACGUUCACCGAUGAGACAAGUCAAAC